AUGCCCGUUAUCGGCUACAACUGCGAUAGCGGCGCUGUGGUGGAAGUUGUUAACCCUGCAGGUGGGGAGCUGGGGUUUGCAGAAAAGACUGUCAUCCCUGGCGGCGUUGUCUCUGCAGCCUCCGCGGGCAAUUGUGCUCUUUACUACCUCCCAACUUCAGCUCCCUCGAUGCUGCGUCGGCACAACUUGGAGAGUGGGGAAGAUGAGAUGGUCCAGGAUUUAGUUGGUGCGCACAUGCAGGUUUUUUUCCACCGUAACAAGGUCAUCUGCAUUCCCGCUGGGAACACCGGGGUGACCGUAUAUGACCCGCUCUGCAAUGUGGCUGAAAUUAUCGCUCUCCCGUACCGUCUCAUUUGCGCCGAGCCUGCCGACAACGGUUUUGUCUUUCGAAGCGAGUGCAACAGGGUGUUCGGCUACGACUUCAACAAGGGCCUGACAGAGGUGAUGAACGGGAGUAACAUAGCCAGAUUUUUAGGCCACUACAAGCGGUACGCUGUGGCACUGCUUCACGACGCCGACGAGUGUGUCGUGGGCGUCACUGAGGCUGGCAGCAUUGUGGAGCUGGAUGUGACGUUACCACGCGUGCGGUUCACGUCAUUGGACGAUAUUGUUCUCCACACACAUGACAAUCAAGUCGUGUCUUCGAAGAGUGGAAGUGCGGCGUCUCCAAUCGGGGAACUUCAGCUUUCGAGCUCGCAGCCAACUGAUAGCGAGGUCCUGUGCACUGUUUGCUUGUGCGAGUUUGACAGCGGCGACGGUGUCACUUUGGACUGCGGACAUUACUUCCACAAAGAGUGUAUUGAUCAGUGGGUGGCCAACUGGAUGGACUUCACGGCGAAGGGUGAGCACGUGACGUUUACUCGCGCUCUGUGUCCUGGUGGAUGCAAGCACUUAGUUCGCCACCCUCUAGUGGCGCAGUCGAAACAGAUUAGCGAGCUGUAUGCGGACGUGUCUUCAAAAAUGGCGGAGGAGCUGAAGAACUGUGAAGCGACCAAGACUGAGGAAGACCUCCUUUUCUAUAUCUGUGGCAGGUGCAGGAACGCGUUUUACGGCGGCCUACGGAUGUGCUCACGGAUGCAGGGGCGCGAACCGUCAUCGCCCCCGCAGGAUCUGGUCUGCGAUACUUGCCUCACAAAGGGCCACAAGACGUGCAACACUCUCACGGCCGUCUUCAAGUGUCGCUACUGCUGCAAUCCUGCCACCCAACGCUCGUUCGGUACACGGUUCACCUGCGAUCGGUGCAUAGCACGAUGGGACACCGCGGAGCCCGCUCUCAUUCCGUGCUCCGGAGCAGACAACUGUCCGUUUGACGGUAACCACCCGGAUCCCCCGUGCAACAUUGCGGGCUGUCUCACGUGCCUCGAUCCGGCAAGAGUGGACCACAUUUUCGAUCGUGUGGUGAGAGCGGAUGCUGAUGCUCGUGGUGGCGUCGAGUAG